AUGCGCUCUGGAAGAUCAAAUUCCCCCAUGAGUCACCUCCGCCGGACAUCCCGCCAGAACCUCCGCCACCCCCACAACCCCCACCUCCGGACACAACGUUACCCCGUCCCACUUCGCCCUAGAGCAAAACUCCAUCCGUUUGCCUGCAGUAUGUGUAAACGAACAUUUCCGCUUCAAAAUGGAUCAACGCGCCACCUUAGAUACAUGCGCAAUGUCACAUGCCCUGUCCCAGAGAGAAAACGCCCGCGAGCCGACGAACCGAUACCACCAGAAGGAUCAGCAUUUCCCUAUCACAACUGUGAUAUGGUAGCGCGCUCUAAAACAGGUCUCAAAUCCCAUAUUAGAGCACGGCAUCCUGAGAACCACAAAAACGACGCACCUCGCCCUCAGCUCAUACCACAGCCUGCUUCACUAUGCUGCGAAUUAUGUCUACGCGACUUUGGCAACAUUGGUGGUCUCGCCUGCCACACAGAAUUUAAACACCCACCUGGAACUCCAAUUCCGCCAACAACGAUACAAGCAACGUUUCCGCGCAAUAAGAAACGCCAGCGAGAUACGUCGCCACCGGAGUGUGAGGACAGAGGGAAAAAGUCCAAUGCGGAGUAUGCCAGAAGUUCUACGCUCACCUAG